GAAUUAGGAGCAUGCUGUAAGGUCUUGUCAAUAAUAUGCUGUAAAGAACUGGCAUGAAGGAUACACAGGCUGUGUUAUUCAGACGGGGCAGCUUUUUAGCAGUUAGACAUGAUAAAGGAUGGUGGCUUUCCCAACUUUAUACUCGUGUUUUCGAGGGAUCAGAGAAGGCAAGAAUACGUUGGUUUGACGAAAUAUCUGAGAAAGGUUCUGAUAAGUUAUUUGUGAUAGAUGAGUGCAAUGAUAUUCCCGCGAAGAGUAUAAUUUGCUCAGUGAAAGUCAAAUGUUUGUCCAGGCGACCAAUGAAAGUUUCUGUUGCUGCCAUUGAUUGUAAGUUGGUUGCAAAACUCCUGUCAGAAAGUAAAAACCCCAAAACUUCUUCAAAGGAUUUAUCAAAAACAUCUCCUAAGAAGGCUACUAAAAAGAAAGGAAAGGGAAGUCUAGGAUCUAAAUCUAAAAGAAAAUCAGCCAUCAAGAAAUCUGCAGCUAAACGUAAAGCUGUAACAAAAGCUGGACCUGCUGCUAAAAAGAAGAAAAAGGUUACUUGCUACUCCAACAUAACUCUGUAUCAAACGAACCCAGUGUGGGACCCAAAGACAGAUAUACCUCAUGUUGCACCCACAGUGAACUCAAUACUAUACACCCGAGCUGUGAGAAACAAGCAGUAUGGAGAGGUUGAGAAACUGCAAAAAGACUUGAAACUUUUUGCUCAUCUAUUCGGCUAUGUUCAAGGACAAGGGUGUUGCAACAAGUUGGUUUCAAAGAAUUCCUGGCACUUUGCUAUCGAUAAUAAAGAUAAGAGAAUGAUAAGCCUUUUGAAAAAGUUGUCAGAUAAAGAGAAUAUUAUCUCUAACAGUUCCCACAGAGUCGGGAAGACAAACAGUUUACUAGAAGUGGUUAACACAGGUACGUACAACCCUGCUUCACUUGGCAUAGAGCAUGUCAGACCCCUUACCAUGGCACGAGGUAGCCGUGAGGGCAUUAAUGCCUUCCAACCCUUGUACACUGAUGGCAGUAAUGUUCUAAACAUGAAAAGUGUCGUCAAGUACGCUAUUAGCCAGGGACAUGAUUACCAGUUCAUAAAGUUCCUCAUGCUGACUAUAAGUCCAAAGGAUUCAAACACAGACAUGAUAGAAUACCUCACCACAGCCCUGUGGUCCAACAACAGACAAGUUGCUGCGACCAUCGCUAAGGAAUCUCUGGCAUGCGGUGACACUGACAGCUUCAACCAACUCCACUACGAGGUGCUGGCGUUCAAUAAAUCAGAGAAGUUGACCCCUUUUAAAUCAGUUAACUGUCAGAAGAAAACUAACUACUACUACGGCAGACUGACACCCUUACACAGCGCUGCACUCAACCCUAAUGCUGAUUAUUUGAAACAGAUGUUGAGAGAGAACCCUCAGCCGGAGAUUAGGGACGGAGCUGGGUACACACCCCUACACUACGCUGCUAUCUCUAGCUCUGCAGCUGCUACUAAAUUCCUGCUCAGUCAGAACAUUAACCCUCUUGUUACCAGCACUGCGGGUAUCACUCCACUAAUGUGGGCAGCCAAAGCUGGCUCUGCAGUGAACAUCAAAGCGCUGCUCGGUUACGCAUACGCGGAACACUUUGCCGCGCGUACACCAGGACCUAUAGACACAUCACGUAUUGUGGACAUAGACCUGAUCAAGAGUGUAACCAAGGAAGCAGGAAGGGUGAACAGUAAGUCAGCAGUAGGGGAGCCGGGAGAGGUGGAGGAGAGUAUCACAGCGCGACAUCUUCUAAAAACUGGGAUAGGAGGGAUGGAAAUAGCGGUGCUGAAGGGAAAGGUUUCCACAUACACGGCGCUAACAUUCGCUGUGGAAUGUGGACAUUAUGAGGCUGUGUCCGUAUUGCUGGAUCUCGGGGCUAACCCUAACAAGUCGCUUGGAGCAGGGAGGCGCAAGAUGUUUCCUAUCCACAUCGCAGCUAAAUACGGUCACUUGGAGAUCUUGAAGUGUUUAAUCCUGCACGGAGCCAAGACACGGAGUAAAGACAGGCACGGUCUCACAGCAUUUCACUACGCAGCCAAAUACAACCAGCUUCAUUGUGUUAGUUGGCUGGCUGCCAACGUGGUCCCUGACGCUAAUAUUGGGGACAGUUCUGGGAACACCCCGCUCCAGUACGCCUGCGCUGAAGGGUAUAUCCUGGUGGUUACAUACCUGGUGGAACAGCUAAAGGUGGACGUUAAACAGACUAAUAGUUGGGGAAUGCCCGCUCUGGAGCUUGCAUUCCUGAGGCAGCAGAUGGGGGUUGUGGAUUACCUCCUCAAUGCGGCUGAUAUUGAUAUUAACUUUAGGGACAAUGCUGGUGCUACUCUCGUCAUGAAACUAUGUGUGGAAUCUAUGCAGGAUAAGUGUAAGACUAUGGAACCGCUGGAGUUUCUUCUGAGUAAGCCGGGUAUAGACGCCUUGGCAGUUGAUACUAACGGUUGUAACGCGUUACACUACCUUGCAGUACAGGGGUCCGGAACCGCUGAGAACUAUGAUAAAAUCUUAGGGUUACUGAUAGACCUCGGGCUGGAUAUCAACAGUAAAACUACCAACGGCAAGACGCCGCUCUUGAUAGCAGUAGCUAACAAAGCAAGCGGGUAUCACUUUAAAGUUAACACUGUCCUAAUACAGUCUCUGAUAAAACACGGAGCUGAUAUCCGAGAUAUAAGGUUGGAGCACAAUAGGAAUAUCAUGCAGUACUUUGCUGCAGGGUGCUCUGAGCUUUCUUUAGGUAUCAUUGAGAUUAUUGAGCAGGGUUCUUCUGCUGAGCUUUUAAAGGAGCUGGUUGAACAUAGAGAUGAUCUGGGUAUGAACAUUCUUCACAUUGUGGUGGAAAAGUGCUUCGGCUCGACUAGCUACCGCAAGAAAUUAACCGGGGACCCGUGGAAGAUUUUAGAGAAACUUUUAGGAAGUAGUUUUAAUAUGGAUAUUAACAGCGAGGUGAAGGAAAGAAAACUUGAUGAAAAAGCUAAAUGUGACUGCAAGAUAAAAGAUGAAGUACACACUAUUGAAGUAAACACAGCAGAUGACUUAGAGUGUCACACUAAGUCAUGUGCUGUGUUUCCCUUCACAGAACAUGGCCUCUUCAGACCCCUGAACUUCGCUAUGAAGUACGGUUCAGGCAUAGACGAUGUCAAGAAGAUCCUAGCGUACAAACCCGACCUGAACUACAAGGACAACGAUGGUUUGUACCCUCUACACCACGCAGUUCUCGGAGGUAAAGUAGAUCUCAUACCAAUCCUGUUGGAGCACGAGCCUCUAACUGACGUGCUGGCAGACCCGGGUAUCUGUAAAGAUAACAAAUACGCAGACUACCCUAUACUUGUGCUAGCAGCUAUGUUCUGUGUAGACAGUGUGAUGACGUUGGUGGAGGCUGGAGCCUGUACUUAUUCUUCAGCACCAGAUGGUAGGAACGUGCUCCACCACAUUGUCAGUAGGUACGAUAACCUCCAUCAGAGGAUAACCAUAGCGGAGAAGUUACUGCCGCUUGUUGAUGAUGUUAAUGAUGUAGAUAAAGAUGGGAACUCGUAUCUUCAUCAUGCGGUAUCGGGGGUGGAGCAUGGUAGCAAUGUUUCCAUUGAGAUGAUAUCCACUUUACUUCUGAUGGGAGCUGAACCUAACCUUGUCAACACAAAAGGACAAACACCUCUGCAUUUUGCAUUCCUCUCCUCGGGCCAGAAACAUCCCAGUACCGAGCUAAGUGAUCCGAUAGAAGUUGUGAGUAUUCUGACUCAACUGAUGAAGAAAGAGUCAAUCAGUGCUGCAGACUCAUUCCACGGUUUUACUGCGCUUCACCUGAGUGCAAUGCGCGGAGGAUCAGUCACCUCCAUACACCUUAUCUCUCACGGGUGUGAAAUUGAGGCUGUCGACAGCCAGGGUAACACGCCUCUAACACUGGCUGUCAGUGGGAAACACCAGAGUUGCGUGCUGAUGUUGAUUGAGAAGGGUGCUAACAUUGAUAGGAGUGUGUGUUACCCAAUCUUCAGAAAGGAUCCUGAGAAGACAAAGGAAGAGGAGCUGAAGAAGAAGACAAAGGAAGAAGAACUGUACACUUGGCUUCCUUCGAAAGAGAAGGGUUUAAUUAGCCCUCCAACAAACCCCACUUCCAGCUCCAGCAACAUAAUCCUCUACCAGGUGAUAAGACACGAGUGGCAGGGUGUCCUCUUUAAACUUGUAGAUCUGCUCGGACAGUCCUUCGUUCCCCUUGAAGCUGCCAUCGUCUUGAUGAAGUUUAACCUGGCUGUAACACUGCUGCUCAAAUUUGGAAAGAGUGUCACCCCUGGGGACUGCAACGACAAGGGACAAACUUUGGUGCACAAUCUGGCAUUCACAACAAACACUGAGCCAGAACUUCAGAAGAGAUUACUGAAUUUAUUGAUCAAGUUCCAGUACAAUGUAACAAACACAGAUACCGCGUACAAGUGUACUCCGUUACACUACGCUUGUUACCAGAAAAAGUUUGAGAUAUGCAAACUUCUGGUUAAACCGAACACCGUGAACUGUAAAGACAUGUUCGGUCGCACUCCUCUGUGUGCAUUGUUUUGGCGGGGCCCUCCUGACGAGGAAAUAGUUCGACAUCUGGUUCAACAGGGUGCAUCCCUGGAAAAUACCUGCGAUUUUAAUCUCCACGAAUCUUAUUAUCCUCUCUUUGAUUAUAAAUUCCACAUCGGACAGUCUGAUUACUUCACUUCCUACAGCCAACGGUACACAGUGCUCAUCAAGGCUAUAUUAGAGGACAACAUGACUUGUUUUCAGUACUUGCUUGAUCUGGGUGCGGAUACCAGCACUCCUUGUAGCCGGGGAAUGACACCCCUGAUGUACGCUGCUAAACUUAACAGAGUCACCAUGUUCCAGAAAAUGCUGAAAUCAGCUAAAUCUGAUGUAUUUUCCUCCAAAUCGGAAGAUUCCAGAACAAUUUUACACUACGCUGUAUUGUCCCACCCAGAGGCUCAGCUGGAAGGCCCCACUAUUCUCAAGAGCUCUAUUACUCAUCUCAAGAAGUCCGGAACUCUGGGAGAGAUUCUCGAAAUCAGAGACUGUGAGAGGAAAACAGUUCUUGAUUAUUGCCAGAAGUUCCCUGCAUACCUGAAAAUGUUGGGUAGUUUAUCUGUCCACUCCAACAAUCACGCUUCACCAGACGAUGAAACGAUGAAACAACCACCUGAUUUCGCUGCAGACUGUGAAAAAUACUUCGCUCAAAUCGAAGAGAGUAGAAAAGGGAACGGCGAGCAUAAAGCGCUACCUGACGAAUCUGUAAGUCUGAAUAGUGAUGAGUGUGAAGUUUACCGCGAUGACAAGGGCGUGUUCUACGAUAUGCUCAUGACAAAGAUAGACAUUAAAAUCAGGUCUCGUGGAUUGUAUAACUUCUACAAGCUACAGCUUCUUAGAAACAAGGGGAAGGAUAUCUAUGUUCUGUUGAAUAAAUGGGGCAGGAUUGGAGACUCUGGGCAGCAUCAGGAAACUCCUUUCCCAACGUUGGAGGAAUGCAAGGCUGAGUUCAUGAAGAUAUUUAAAGCAAAGACGAAGAAUGACUGGAAUGAUUUGGAUAACUUUGUGGCUCACUCAGGAAAGUAUAGGCUUGUGAAUAGAGAGUGGCGGUAUCAUAACCAGUUUAAGGACAUUGAAUACGAUUUUCGAGAGGAUGAAUAUCCCUGUCUUAUUAUGGCCAAGGAGGUUUUUGAAGUUCUGUUGGAAGCUACCGAGCCAAAGAACAUGAAAAACAUGCUGGAAGAUGACCUGAAGUUAAAUGUAGCUGAGUUACCGUUCGGUUUCAUAAAACUGGACGAUCUAGAUAAGGUUAAUCUAAUUCUUGAUGACAUAGAGAAGCUUGUCGAAGAUACUGAAAACCUGAAAUCAAAAGCAGAUCUGACAGAUUCCAAGUCACAAUCGGAGUUUAUGAUUAAAACCCAGAAGAUAUACGACCUGACAAACGAGAUCUACCAGUUAAUCCCACAAAAAGGGUUCAACGUUACAUUAGUGGAGCCUCUCAACACAUUAGCAGAGAUCAAAGAAUGGAGGACAAAACUCACAAACCUAAGAGACAUGGAGAUAAUCAACAGAAUAAUGGCUGGCUCCCAGCUCCACAAAAUGCGCACCCACCCUCUGACGUAUGUGUAUAAGAGUAUCGGGUGUGAUAUAACCCCACUAGAUCGUCUGGACGUGACAACUCAGUAUUUAACUCGCAGUAUAUUUGCUUCUAACGGUUCAAGCUGUCAAGGUAUUCGUGGAAUUUACAAGCUAACCCCUCAUGUUCCUGAUCAGAGGAAAGCGGGAAAACGGAGACUCCUCUUCCACGGAAUCUCAACCGGUGCGCUGCUCUCCAUCCUGAAACGAGGUCUGCAGAAUGCGCCAUUUGGCAGAGCCUACGGUACUCAAUUCGGCGAGGGGAUUUACCUGGCUGAUAACUUUGUGAAGAGUCUAAGCUAUGCUCAGGGGCACAAAUCACAGUUUGUUUUGGUAGCCAGCGUGGUUAUGGGCAAGGUUCAUCGGCACAUUCCUUGCAAUUACUGGCAAGAUCUGAUGGACUCAGAUGACAAGCCAGAUGUUGAUACGACGUGGGCAGUUGGACAGCUUCAUCAAGAUCCAGCAUACAAUAUGGUUCUUCCAUGUGGGAAUAUGAUCGGUAUGGGUAAAUUCCUGGAGGCUAAAAAGGAAAGUUUUUCUAGGAUCAAAACUGGAGAUCAAAGUUGGGGAGAGGGAACCGAUUUCACUAUGGGAACACUCCAGUUUAGUGAUAAACCAACUGUUCAUUCUUCAAGUGAUGAUGACGAGGAGAGCGGUGAGGAGAGCGGCGAGGAUUGCAGUGAUGAGGAAGAUAGCGAGGAAGAAGAAGAAGAAAAAACAGAUAAAAAGAAAGAGGGAGAGGAAGAGUUUAUGGAUACUUAUAGGUACAGAAAUCUACCGAAACACAGUGAAUUUAUCGUGAAGAAUGCUGAUAACAUAAGACUGGAGUAUCUAGUACAAAUACGUUAUUAGAAUUUGCUUUUAUCAUUUUAGUUCCGUUAGGAUUAUUCUAAAGAUAUACGUAAGAUGUUAAUUAUUACACACGUGUUCACUGUUCUCUGUUAGUAAUAGUACGAUAGUGCAAUAUUUUAUAUGACAGUAACGAGGUUUAUUAUCACAAAUGGUAGUUAAUUGGCCUGGUGACAUGGUGUGUACAAGUAUCAUCAUUGAUGUUAAAUAUAACUUAUAAGCAUAUGUUUUGUCCUUACACGCUACGUUAAUUAAUAGGCUCAAUAUGAUAUCAGUAAUUGCUGUUUACCUUUAAAAUGGCAGAAGCUGCUGGUUCUGGUUCUAGGGCCAGGGUUCUUUUUAAGAUUUGUUAAUUUCGGUAAAGAAUAAUUUAUCAUUUAAAAUAUUUAGCUACACUGGAUUGUGUGAUUUGUGAUAUCAGGUAUACAAUAUACAGAUUUCUAAAGUUUCACUUCAUGGCAACUUCAUGGCAGUCAUGAAGUUACGGUUGUUGGUAUUAUAGUAAUUAUAAUCAUAUUCGCAGCGAUAGUAAAUUAUGCUUGAUUGUAUAUUAUUAGCAUUAUUAUAACAGUAAUUAUCAUGGUUGAUUUGUUUUAGAAAUUUCAAUUUGAAUCA